CUGACGUCACUUUCAUCACUUUCAACGAACGGCACUUUCUAUACUUCAACAUACAAAACCUAGUCAUUCCCAAUCAGUCCGUAUCGCGCUACAAAGGCGGCGGCGCUUGCCCGACGGAUCGAUAGCGACGAUGGCGAUGACGUCAGCCCUGCAACUCCAAGACAAACUCGACACCUACGGCGCAAUUCGAAUAUCGUCUAGUCCAGCGAAGCCGCCGCUUCCCAGGGACAGGCCACGUCCGUCUAUCGCGUCGUCGACAUCGUCGGCGGCAUCAUCUCCGUUCACCAGGUCGCCGUAUAAUACGACGCCGAAGCGUAAUAUCUUGCGCAAGGGAAGUAGCGUCGAAUUUGCACCACAUCACCUCGACGACGACGCGAAUGGAGAGGAGAAACAGCGGCGGGAGUGCCGGCGCCUAUCCAUGCGCGAGAAACAAGAAUUGUACAAAAUCCGACCAGACUUGGAGAUUGGGGCGCCGCUUGCCGUAAAGUCCUUGAUCGAAGAACAAAACGACCGGCGCCGAAAAGUUGCGUGCUCUCUUCUUGCCGGUGUCGGCUGCAUCUUGAUGCUCAUACUGUUUUACUACUUUAUCGCGUGGAACAUGCGCGACGACCCCGACUUCCAGUAACUUAAUAUCGAUCUACGAUGACCCUUCACCCACGUUGAGGGAGGAACAACGCGAACUAUUGUUGUUCGUACAGGAACACAGGACAUCGAGGCAGCGUCUACCCGCAAUUGCUCACGGGAAUCCUGGGCUAUCCAUCCCUUGGUCAGCUGUAUACGGAAUGUUGAAAUGCCGCCACCACGCGCGCCGCACGCGCGUACUGCACCACCGUGCAAAGACGCGGUCUUUGGAGGAUAAUGCAUGGUUGAUUUUUCGAACAUGUUCAGUUUUCCUUGAUAAAUGAAUUUCAAAAC